AUGGGGGCUGAGAACUACACUUCUAUCACAGAGUUCAUCUUGAUGGGGCUCACCAGCCACCGUAAGACACAGAUCCUACUUUUUGUGCUAAUCCUCAUCAUCUACUUACUCAGCAUGAUGGGGAACCUUGUGAUCAUCAUCUUGGCACGCACUGCCUCCUGCCUCCAAACACCCAUGUACUUCUUCCUCAAACACCUUGCAGGCCUGGAGAUCUGUUAUGUCACCACCACCUUGCCCCAGAUGCUGUUUAACCUCCUGACUGGAAAUGGAAACAUCUCCUUAACAUGUUGUGCAAUCCAGAUGCACAUGAUACUGACUCUGGGUGGCACGGAAUGUGUUUUGCUAGGAGCUAUGGCCUAUGACCGGUACUUGGCCAUCUGUCAUCCCUUGCUAUAUACACUCCUCAUGAGUAGAUGGCGGCAAUUGCAACUUGCCUCCCUCUCCUGGUCAGUUGGGAUCCUUCUUGCAACCAUUAAUGUGAGCUGCACCUUUUCCCACAUCUUCUGUGGUCCCAGUCAUGUCAACCACUUUGUCUGUGAGCUGCCCGUGGUGCUGAAACUCGCAUGUGAUGACACACACAUCACAGAGUUUGUUGUUUUUAUGACAGCCGCUCUGAUCCUCCUGGGACCUCUUUCCGUCAUUCUAACCACUUACGGGCUUAUUCUGUCCACUAUAUUGAAAAUGCAGUCAACUGCCAGCCGGCACAAGGCCUUCUCUACCUGUGCCUCUCAUUUGACGGUGGUCACUGUGUUCUAUGGCACUGUCAUCACUAUGUACAUGAGACCUGGGUUGGGCACAGCUUCUGAUUUUGACAAGCAAAUUGCUGUCUUUUACAUUGUGGUCACCCCUCUGCUCAAUCCUAUCAUUUACACCCUGAGGAACAAAGAUGUUCAUGGGGCAGCUGCCAAGGUUCUGAGAAGACAUGUCCUUGAACGAAAAAGAUGA